CGAUUUGGUAAAUUAAAACGAAAGCAGCCAAGAGAGAGAGAGAGAGAGAGAGAGAGAGAGUAACAAAUAGAACCGAAGAUUUGAUUCGAUGCAUCAUCCAGAGAUCUAAAUUUUGUCGGAAAGCUGCUCGUGGGAAUUCCUUCUGCGUCCAAUUUCACGCUUUGGGAGUGGAAUCGUUGAUUGGAAUUAGGGCGGACGGGGAUCGAGUUGAGGAGUUUGAAGGGGGGGGGGGAAGGAGUUGAUUUAUCUUUGUUGGCUUUGAUCGGUUGAUCUUGGGUUUCGCUCGAUCACCACUCCGAUGCCCGGCGCUAGGCACAAUGCUCUCUCCGAUUCCUCUUCCAAUGCGUCGCCGGGUAAACUUGAAGUCACCAUGAGUCGUUUAAAUAUUGAGGAUGAGGAUGGUCGGGAGGGUGCUGAUGGGCAGCCGAAUCCAUAUCCUGACCGGCCUGGAGAACCUAACUGCAGUUUCUAUUUGAGGACCGGCUUAUGCAGUUAUGGAAGCAAGUGCAAGUACAACCAUCCUAACAUCACUGCUAAGGAAACUCGGUGUAGAGAUGAACUUCCCCCAAGAGAUGGUCAACCUGACUGCCAGUUUUUCCUCAAAACAGGAACUUGUAAAUUUGGAGCAACCUGUAAAUAUUAUCAUCCACAAGACAAGCAUGAUGCUCAAUUAUUUCAAUUGAAUGAUUUGGGUUUACCAAUUCGCAAGGGUGAAAAAUCUUGUCCAUACUACAUGAAAACUGGCUAUUGUAAAUUUGGAGUUGCCUGCAAGUUCAAUCAUCCUCAGCCUGUGAGUAUCGGAACCAUGUUUCCUAUAUCAGGCUCCUUGGUGUAUGGAUAUACAGGAUCUUCUGCACCAAUAAGAGGACCAUCUUUGAUUGGACUUCCACUAUGGCCUACGUUGAAGACCCCUUACAUGACCAAUCCUAGUAUGCAAGGGUUCCCAUCUUGCAUGCCCCUUAUAUUUCCAUCCACCCAAGCCACCGCACCUGUGCAGCAGGGUUGGACCAAAUACACGGGCAGUGCGAGCAUUCCUUCCAACAAGUCUCUUGGUUCUGAUCACAUACCCAACUCAAAGCAUCAUGCGGAUCCAGGUUCAAGUAUGGCAGUCAUUUUUCCAGAGAGACCUGAUCAACCAGAAUGCCAAUAUUACAUGAAAACAGGGGGCUGCAAAUACGGUAGUUCUUGCAAGUACCAUCACCCUAAAGAGAGGAACCAAGUAGCUGCAUGCACUAUUGGACCGUUUGGACUUCCUCUCAGACCAGGUGAGCCUGCAUGCACAUUCUAUGCUGCAUACGGAAGCUGCAAAUAUGGUGCAUCUUGUAAAUUCGAUCACCCAUAUGUGGUUGUAUUCCCUCUUCCAGACUCAUCAGUGAUGCCUCCCCACCAAAGGGUUGCGAAAUCUACAUGGAUGGCAGCAGAUAGUUCAUCCUGCAGUUUCCCAAUAGCACCCGAUGAGUUCAAAUCUGUGAGAAUUGGUGAGAUGCAGGGUGUGGAUAACAAUGAGCAUGGAAGUCCUUGUACACAAACAUCUCCAACGCAUACCACACCUCAUUCAGAGUCAUCCAUAAAUCAGUCGGAUUAGAGGCAGCUUCACAUCCGUUUUUGGCAUGGCUCUAGGCUGGAAAUUUUGGCAUCUCGAUUACCAUUUUUGGUUAUCAUUCUCUUGACAAAUUGGCAGUUGGAAGAUGUAUCUGAGAGGUGAUGAGGAAGGAAACAGCGCACACAAAUAAGUAGCUGGUGGUAAUGUAAGAUUUCUUUCUGUCUUUUUCAUGGAGUGAUGUCAGCGUUUUGAGAAGAGAACAAUCAUACGAGGAGAAUGUCAAGUAUUUACCAUGUGAAUCAAGCAUUUUAGAAUAAUGUUUCUAUGUUGAUGUCAUUGCAACUAUAAUUUGUUCUUAUUUGGGAACUUUAUUUAUGCUUCUUUUUAUCUUCA